AAGAAGUCCACAAGUCCCUUCAAUGAACAGUGAGAACUACACAUGCGCGCAGUCCAUACAUAGAAGAAAAGUAAAGAAGAACUAGUCCUUUGCCUCCUUGGUGUGUGCCAUAAAGGAAAAGUGAGAGUUUGGUUGAUGGGAGGAGAAAAAGGGGGAGCAGCAGUAGAUAAUGAGUGUGCUGGUGGUGGAGGUGAUGAAAAGCAGGAGUUCCUUGGGGUGAAGUUGAGGAAGAGACUGACUCUUGGUUGGAAAGGUGGCCCAUGCACUCCAGUGCCCAACUGGAAGUUGGAGCCUGGUCCUUCCUUUGCUACUGCUGCUGCUUUGUCUGCUAGGAAGCUUGGAGCCAACCUCUGGGAGAUGCAGGGCUUGUCAGAAUCACCAUUGAUGAGCAGGAGAGGUGGCAAGGCUUCUAGGAGGAAGGAUAUGGAGCUUGUUGAUGAUGUUCCUGAUCUGCCUGCAGUCAGUAUACGUCGAAGUGCUGGUAGUCCAAGGAGGCAUGCUUCAAAUGCAUCUAUUGAACACCAUAAGUUAAUUGAAAGUAUUCGAGCAAUGCAAUCUGGAUCUCCUGCAAGUUGUAGCUCAAUGGAGGUGGUGACGCCUUUCAGUCAGCCUUUGAGCCCUGGCAGUUCUUUGGAUUUCAAGGGAAGGCUUCAGGACUCAGGAUAUAGCCUGAAAACAUCGACGGAAUUACUGAAGGUAUUGAAUUGGAUUUGGAGACGGGAAGAACAACAUGAAUCCAAUGUAUCAUUGGUGAAAGAAUUAAAAUUAGAGUUGCAACAUGCUCGGAGACGGAUACAGGAGCUAAUGCAAGACCAGCAAGUGUAUCGUAAUGAAAUGGAUGAUAUGGUGAAGCAAGUUGCAGAGAACAAGCUAUUUAGAAAAAAUAAGGAACAAGACCGGCUUAAAGAUAUGAUGCAAUCAAUAAGUAAUGAACUUGAAGAUGAGAAGAGGCUAAGGCGACGUUCCGAGAGUCUACAUCGGAAGUUAGGCAAGGAGUUGUCUCAAGUGAAAUUAGCAUUUGCAGAAUCUGUAGAAGAUUUAGAUCGCCAGAGGAAAACCAAUGUUCUUCUAGAGAACCUCUGUGAUGAAUUUGCGAAGGGCAUUCGGGAGUACGAACAGGAGCUGCGAGCAUUGAAGCAAAAAGCUAAAGGAGACUCUGACCAUAAAUUUGAUCGGUUGGUACUUCAUAUGUCAGAGGCAUGGUUGGAUGAGCGAUUGCAGAUGGCUCAAGAAAAUGGAGAUAUGAAUGAAAAGGGAAGUAUAACUGACAGAUUAAGAGGUGAAAUUAAAAACUUCUUUCGAGCUAGACUAGCCAACAAUGCAAUUGCUCAUCCGAAAGAUGGAAGAAAGGAGAGUAAUUUGAGGCGCCGUUCCCUUGAGUCGGUCUGCUUGAACAAGAGUGUCAGUGCACCUCAAGUUGCUGUUGCUGAUGAUGGUUCCACAUCCAGUGACUUGCACUGCUUUGAGCUCAAUAUGAACAUGAACGAUAGUGCAAAGCAUGACCAGUCUAAUCAUCGUAGCGAGAUUGCAGACAUCUGUGAAUCAUUGUGGCAAAAGGAUACAAAGUCACGGAAUGUAAAUAAGAUGCAACUCAGAGAAAAAAAGCUCCUCAAAAGCAGGCGUUCAUAUACUGCUCCUGAAACUGGAGCAGGAGCUAAUCAGAUUGAACUCGUAAUGUCUGAGAACUUUGAGAAAUAUCAUCUAAAAGAAGCUGGUUUACAUGACAAAACCAUCGAUAACUCCAUGAAGAACUCAUCAGAGUGUUCAGAUGGCUGCAAGGUUCACCCUUAUGAUGAUCAUGCUGAAGAGUCCAGAAACCAUAUCUCCUGGAGGGGUCAUUUUGUUCCAGUUGGUGUUGGUGAUGCUGGAGCAGAUGUCCACACUGCAUUUAGUCCUGUAAAGCAAUGGGAUCAUCGACAUGCAUCUCCGGAGCUUGAAAUAUCUCAAUGCUCAUCAGAGUUACUGCCUGGUGUGAAAAAGAACGGCCUGAAGGCCAAGUUACUUGAAGCAAGGUUGAAGGGAAAGCAUUCUCGAGUUAAAAUGACAAUGAAAAUGAAGCAACAAACUGCAGUGUCUUGAGGUAUUCACUGAUGUAAAAAUCCUGCUUAAGUUUUGGUGUUCAGUGUAUAGACUAGCUUUGUUUGUCACCAUAAUCCCUCCAAGUUCGUCCUGGUUUUCUGAAUUGUUGCUUUGCUCUAGCAAUUGAAUUCUUCUCUGGUUUGAUAUGCUUAGAGAUUGAGAAACCAAAGUGUUGCCUGUUAAUAUUUA